AGGCCUGCUGCUGCCUGAUUGGCAUGGUUUGAUAAAUAGCACAAAUGGCUACAGCUUAAAAAAAAUAUCAGAGUGAAAAGAGAGAAUUGGAUAUGGACCUUCCUGCUGCACCAUCUCAACACUUUUCCGCUGAAGAUGAAAUGGUUCAUUCUGCAAUCUCAAUUUCAUCCUCUCCGUUGCAUGACAAAACAGCAGCUGGUGACUCUGCCUUGAGGUCCAUGAUCGAAGAGAAUGCUUUUCAAGCUUUGAGCGAUGGGCCCUGGGUAAAAAGACCACGGCUUGCUCUCUGUGAUGAUGGUUCUCUUGAAGACAAUGAUUUUCUAUCCCUCACCUUCCCAAAAAAACUGUGGAAAAUUGUUGAAAGUGAUCAGUUCAAAUCACUCUGGUGGGAUGAUGAUGGGAAUUGUGUUGUGAUUGAUGAAGAGCUUUUUAAAAAAGAAGUCCUGGAAAGGAAAGGGCCAUUACGCAUCUUUGAAACUGACUGCAUGAAAAGCUUCAUCCGUCAGCUCAAUCUCUAUGGCUUUAGCAAGAUGAGACAGAAUUUUCAAAGGUCUGCCUCCCUUGUCGAAUUUUUAGCGGAAGAAAAGGCUGCUUAUGCAUUUAGCAAGUUACAGUUCUACCAUAACCCGAACUUUAAGCGAGGUUGUCCUCAUCUCCUUGCAAGGUGCAAGAGAAGAGUUGGGAUCAAGAAUACGCCACCUGUUGCUUUUGCGUUGGAGCAGGACUUCAGUGAAGGCUGCUUGAAGAGCAGGUCCAGAAGCCCCGAAGUCCCAGCUACUCUGCCGCCUGCAUCUCGGGAGAAUGGCUUCCUCACCACUUCACCAAAGGACAAAAUGCACAAAUGUGGACUCCGAAAGCCUACCAUGAACAAAGGCCUUGCGGAAGCAGCAGCCCGGCUGAGAAGCGGAUAUCCUGCUUCUCCUCCGACCCCUCUGAGGUCCUCUGAGCAGGCAGCCGCUGAGGACAGUGACGCCAAAAUAAGCCAGUUGGCUCCUUUCCACCUACCCCAGCACACCAACCAUGCUCGAGUAAACACACACGACAUAGACUCGACCACAACCACCUCGGCCACUUCCUUGUAUCACGUCAUACCUCCUGUCCCCAACAGCCCCUUUGCACCAGUGAUGGGGCUUCCCGGUUUCCCAGCCAUGUACCCAGACUUAUCAGCCAUGCAGGCUCACUGGGCCAGCCUGCUUCCAUUUUGUAACCCAUGGUUCUCAAUGCCUAUGAUAGCGGCGGCUUCCGCCAUUUCCAUGUCAAGAUCCUCCCACCACCAUCGAACUCCUUCGUACCACCAUUGCCCGAACUGCAACUGCACUUCCAACGGAACAUCUGCUUCCAAAGGAGUGGGGCCCAAAGCAGCAGAAUACACUGGGUAUCAUCGAUGAAACGAAGGGUAGACUUGGGGAAACCCAGCCAUGUAAAAGGAGAGCGAAAUAGGGGGAUUCACAAUGACAUGGACUGAAGAAUAAACUUCUCUCUUCCUGUCUUAUUUACCUAGAUCAGCUCUUUUGUAUUUCUUUCUUUCACAGAUGGAUUAGAAGUAACUCAUUGGCUUCAGUAGUCUAAAUUGUGGGAAACGUUGAUUUAAGACUGAGGGGGAAACUGUAGGAUAAUAGUUGGAUUUAUUUGGGUGGCGUCAGUUCACUGCUUAUCGUGCAGAUAAAAACCACCGUCCACUAUUUUUUAUAGCUCUGUGUCUGACGGUUAAGUGAAUUUUCUGAAGUUAGCGGACUGCAGAGAGAGAUACUUUGGCUGGACCAGAAAAUCCAUCGAAUUCUCUGACAUGACUGGGGAGUCUGUUUAAAAUGUGUGUGCUAUUUAUGGGAUUAUGAUGACAUGUGGCAAGAGGGAAGGUGUACAAGGUGGCUUUGAAUAGCUAGCAAGGCCAUUAAAAAUUCCAGAGCAGCUCUGCCAAGGAUACCUAUGUAGGCUUAAUCUGGCAGAGAACAGAACUUGAACCAGAUACUUAAGUUACUUCUAUAUGUGAUUCUCCCCCCCACCCCCCUCUGUUUUAUAAGAAUUUCCCUUGUGUCAGAUUUGUACUGUAGCAGAUGACUAUCGGUGUAUCGAGAGUGAUUCAAAGUAACUAUCCUACAAAAUAAAAAUCCAGGUUCAUAUGGCCAUAGCACACUUCUAGUAUGCUACAGUCUGCUGAGGGCUGAGGAUAGUGACUAUAAAACCAGCAGAGCAGAAUAACUCAUUGUCCUCAUCCAUUUCCAAGGGACAGUAGAUGUUAAACGAAAGGAUGAUGUAACACAAGGAGGAGAAAGAAUUGUGUCCUACGAGUUCUGUUUAGUCUCCAAAUGAAGUCACCAACCUCUUGUUUGGUGAAGCACAAGACUGUGCAUGUGGCUGGAGCAGAGUCCCUUUCCACUCCAAGUUUAAUAUGGCAAGUCUGCUAAAUGGCUUUGCAACCUCAUCAACCGAUUUGGCAAAACCUGUUUGGUACAAGCUACUUGAUGUGCCUAGAGGCUCCAGGUUGAAGGUAUCAAAAGAAGGUUGGUCAGUAAGUUGCUCCUGAAGGGUUUUUUGGUCUGGUGUGCUAUCCCUGUAACGUGUGUGUGUGUGUGUGUGUGUGUGUGUGUGUGUGUGUGUGUGUGUGUGUGUGUGUCAUCUUGUGCAAUCUACUUACAGUUCUCUCUACCUUUUUGUUGAAAGGUGUUGGCAAGGUGGGAACAUGCAAGCAAAUGGUUGGCCAACAAGCAAAUAAUGCACCCGCAGUGCAAUCCUUUGCACAUUCCAAUUUAGCAGACUUGGAUCACUCAUUGGUUUUGGACUACAACUCCCAUCAUCCGUGACCACAAUGGUUGAAGGCUCAGGAUGAUGGGCCUUAUUUUUGGACUACAAGACUGCCAUUGAGGUGUGCAUAGGAUUGUUGCCUACGAACUGUAAACCACUAAUCUUCAGAGUCCUUUCUUGCUCCAACCUGGGCAAACAGUAUGACUGAAAAGCCAGCUCUGAAACUUGACACAAUUCAAACAUGAUAUGACUCUAUUAAGAGCCAAGGUUAUUGCCACACUCUCUCCUAUGUGAACAUCUGUCCAAUGGAUUUUGCAUGUUAAGGCCAUUUUAUCAAGCACCCGAGAAACCACUGUGGUCAUUUCCAGCUAGCCCUUAAGCAAGUGGCAUUUUAGCUGAGAGUGGAAGCCCCUUUAUUGCAUAUAACGGUUUGAUAAUGCUCCUCUUUGAGCCUCAGAUGGUGUGCAGAUGCUCAGUGUUGCUGAACUUGCCAAAAAGGGUCCCAUUAUGAUGUAACAAUCUCAAGAUUGUGUGUUCACUGGGUGAGGUCUAAAAAUACUUUUACCAACAGUUCCACACUUCUGUUGGGGCAGCCAGCAGCUUAUGAGAUCUUGAACAUGUAUGCAUGGUGGAAGGAAAGGAACGUUUUCAGAAUAAAAAUAAGUGGUUUUUCCAA